AUGCAUCGUCUCUUCUCAGCCUAUAAAAACCAUUAUGAUGCUUUAAUGAAGCUCAAAGCUUCAAUGGUGGCAUCAAACACCUCUGGAAUAUUGGACGACUGGAAAGUCGAAAACUCACACUGUUCGUUUUCCGGAGUUUCAUGUGAUGAAAACUUUCGUGUCACGUCGUUGACGAUAUCUUACGUUCCUAUGUUCGGAACUAUUCCGCCGGAGAUCGGAAUUCUGAACAAACUGGUCAAUCUGACGCUUGUAUCGGAUAACCUCACCGGUCCACUUCCGGUGGAAAUGUCUAAUUUGACGUCGAUUAGAUUCAUCAACAUCUCUAGUAAUGUUUUCACUGGGGAGCUUCCGGGAGAGAUUGUGGCGGGAAUGGCGGAGCUGGAGGCUUUCGACGUUUACAACAAUAAUUUCACUGGGAGGUUGCCGGUGGAGUUUGUGAAGUUGAAGAAUCUGAAAAUUUUGUAUCUCGGAGGUAAUUUCUUCAAUGGAGAGAUUCCGGAAGAUUACUCGGAGUUUCAGAGUUUACAGAUUUUAGGUUUACAACAAAAUGAACUCUCUGGGAGGAUUCCGGCGACCUUAUCACGUGUAUCGACUCUUGAUCAGCUUCUCAUCGGGUAUGCCAACAGUUAUGAAGGAGGAAUUCCGACGGAGUUUGGUUCUUUCAAAUCACUAAAACUACUAGACCUCGGAGGUUGUAAUCUCAACGGAGAAAUUCCGGCAAGCCUUGGAAAUUUGAAGAUGUUGCAUACUCUAUUUCUUCAGUUCAACAAUCUAACCGGAGAAAUACCUCCGGAGCUUUCCGGAAUGGUCAGUUUGAUGUCGUUUGAUCUGUCGAAUAACAAUCUAACCGGUGGCAUACCGGAGACGUUCUCGGAACUGAAAAAUCUAACGUUGAUUAGUCUGUUCGGCAACCGUCUCGCCGGUCCUCUUCCUCCGUUCAUCGGUGAUCUCCCGAAUCUUGAAGUUCUUCACAUCUGGGAGAAUAAUUUCACGUUUGAACUCCCGCAGAAUCUCGGCAGUAACGGCCGGUUACUUAUGCUCGACGUCACCGGAAACCACCUUACCGGACCAAUUCCGAAAGAUUUGUGCAAAGGAGGCAAGUUACGACUUUUGAUUUUAAUGGAGAAUUACUUCUUUGGGCCCUUACCGGAAGAACUUGGCAGUUGCAAGUCUUUAACGAAGAUUCGAAUCAUGAAGAAUUUCAUCAACGGAACUAUUCCCGCCGGCAUCUUUAACUUGCCGGAGCUUACCAUGCUCGAGCUUGACAACAACUAUCUUACCGGUGAACUUCCUGAUAAAAUGUACAGUCAGUCUCUUCAAAGUGUUUCAAUGUCUAACAAUUGGAUCACCGGUAAGAUACCUCCGGCGUUUGGUGAUUUACCGAAUCUAACAACUCUAUCUCUCCAAUCAAAUAAGUUCGUCGGUGUAAUACCAGAAGAGAUAUUGAAGCUGAAGAAAUUGUAUGAAAUUAACGUCAGCGACAAUAAUCUCAGUGGUGAGAUUCCAGCUUCCAUUGCUACAAGUGUUCAACUUACUUCCAUCGAUUUCAGCCGAAAUAACUUCAUUGGUGAAUUCCCGAGAGGAAUUUUAAGUUUGUUCAAUCUGAACAUACUUAAUGUAUCUCGAAAUCAACUCAAAGGUGAGAUUCCGACGAAAUUAGGUCACAUGAAGAGCUUGACAGUGUUAGACCUCUCCUACAAUCAAUUCUCCGGCAGAGUCCCAAUCGAUGGACAACUAAAGGAUUUCAGCAACACUGUCUUCUCCGGGAAUCCUAACCUCUGUUUACCACAAAUGGCUCAUUGUCCGAUCAUCUCCACGUCUCAAAACAACAACCGUUCAAUCACCACAUCAAAGCUUAUGAUAGUCAUCAUCGCUGUAAUCACAGCCAUAUCAUUAUUCAUACUAACAUUCAUCAAAAUUAAAAACAAACACUUCGAGAGAUCCAAAGUCUGGAAGCUAACCACAUUCCAACGCUUGGAUCUAAAAGUUGAAGACGUUCUCGAAUGUUUGAAAGAUGAAAACAUAAUCGGUAAAGGUGGAGCUGGAAUUGUAUACCGAGGAUCAAUGGCGAAUGGUGUUGACGUAGCAAUCAAACGGUUAAUGGGUCGGAACCAUGGAUUCGACGCCGAGAUCCAAACGUUGGGAAAAAUCAGGCAUAGGAACAUCGUCAGAUUACUCGGAUACGUCUCCAAUCGUGAAAACAAAUUGCUGAUUUACGAGUAUAUGUCUCAUGGAAGCUUAGGUGAGAUUUUACACGGAUCGAAAGGCGCACAUUUGCAGUGGGAAACAAGGUAUAAGAUCGCUAUAGAAUCAGCGAAGGGACUGUGUUACCUUCACCAUGAUUGCUCUCCGAUGAUCUUACAUCGAGAUGUGAAGUCAAACAAUAUACUUUUGGAUUCCGAUUAUGAAGCUCAUGUUGCUGAUUUUGGGCUCGCUAAGUUCUUGAGGGAUAAUCAUUCUGGUGCUUCCGAAUGCAUGUCCUCCAUUGCAGGAUCAUAUGGGUACAUUGCACCAGAGUAUGCAUACACAUUAAAGGUGGACGAAAAGAGUGAUGUAUACAGUUUUGGAGUUGUACUUCUUGAACUGAUAGCAGGAAAGAAGCCGGUUGGGGAAUUUGGUGAUGGGGUAGACAUAGUGAGGUGGGUUCGAGAGACCAUAUCGGAGCAUUCUGAGCCAUCGGAUGAGAUGUCAGUACUAGCGGUGUUGGAUUCGAGGCUCAAAGUGUACCCAUUGGCAACCGUCAUUAACCUCUUCAAAAUCGCCAUGAGUUGUGUGGAGGAUGAGAGCACUGCUCGGCCUACCAUGAGGGAGGUUGUUCACAUGCUCACAAACCCUCCGAAAUCGCAACCACAAACCCAACCAUGCUUGCUCACUCCUUGAAGAAAUUGUUAUCUAACUUGUUUGUUGAUGUUUUGAUGGAAGUUUGGAAUAAGUUUGACACUUUGUGACUCGAAAAUACACAAAGUCAUGUAUGCACAUCUUUUUUUUUUUUUUUUAAUUACAUAUGAU